AUGGCAGCCACAGGCACCCCUCCGCGCGAUGGCCCGGAAGAUAGCCUGACCAACCCUCAGACGGGCGCCGGCUCGGAGCCCAUGACCGACACUGACACCAAAGCAAUCCGCCAGACCCCCAGCAUCCACGCCGGUCGGCUAUUGCGGGCGUUGAAACGCUGCGAACAAGCCCGGCGACGGUACAACAUCCCGGAGCUGUCUCUCGCACAUGCGGCCCUGCCGCCGAGCGUCCACCGCGCGCGCGUCCCCUACCUGCUGGAUCUCCUGUGCUUCGCGGCCCUGGCGCGCGCGGACUACUCCACGGCCGCCCAGCACUUCGGCCGGCUACGGGCGCUUUACCCCUGGCGCUUGACCGGCAUGGAUCAAUAUGCCUCGGCGCUGCUGGUCCUCCGCCGCCCGCGCUCCCUGUCGCACCUGUCCCGGAUGCUGGCCCGCAUCGAGCCCCAGGCGGCCGAGACGUGGGCCGCUGCCGGGGCGGCCCUCGCAGCCAUGGGCGGCCGCCGGCAGGCCUCCCGCCGGGCCCUUGUGCGGGCGGUUCGUCUGUCCCCCGAGAGCCCCUACGCCUGGACCAUGCUCGGGCAUGAGCUCCGUGACCAGGGCCGGCUGGAUGAGGCGUGCACUGCCUACGAGCGGGCAGUCAGCCUGGACCCCUUGCACUUUGUGGCCUGGUACUCCAUGGCCAUGGUGCACGCUCGGCGCCGCCAGCGCUCCUCGGCCCUGGUCUUCCUCCGCCGGGCCCUGCUCAUUUACGACACCCCACUCCUUUACUUCCACUAUAGCGCGAUUCUCCACGACUCCGGGCGGCUUGACGAUGCGGCGCAUGUCAUCGAGCAUGCCAUCCACCUGUCGGAGGAACAGCUCCAAACCGAGGACGCCGAACUCGAUCAACCGGUGCCCGGGAUUCCCCCCGCCUCGCGGGUGGACUACAUCCCGCUGAAGCCCCACCGCCCAGCCCCACGCCGUGUGUUCAAGUCCCUCCACUCGCGCAUUGCCCUCGAUCGGGCCCUGGUCCAGGCUCGCAUGGCUCGUGCCCAUUUGGACGAGGUCGAUGCCGUGUAUGCCUGCUUCGGCUUGCCGGCCUACCCGCGUGACGGGUCAGACUCGGCCGUCCACCUGCAGGCCGCACUGCCGGAGCAGGCGGUGGCGGCCCUUCAGCACCAUUUCGACCAGGCCAACCAGUGCCAGCACAAUGCCCUGAUCUUUGCCCAAGACGCUGGCGCCACGGCCGAAGAGUGCUUCUGGGCCGAGCCCUCGGACGUCGACGCGGCCCGCGUGGCCGCGCGCUCCUACCGGCUCAUCGGCGACGAGGACAAGGCCCACCUGUUCUCGACACAUGCAUACGCCAUUUCGGCGGCCGCGCCGCGCGCCGGCUCGCUCACUCUUCAGACUCGCACGGCCUCCUCGUCACACGGCCCGGGACAGGCGGUCUUUCCCUUUGACUCGGAUCUUGACGAGGAUGGCGACUUGGAUACCUUCGACGGCCGGGGGGCUUCCGCCGGCCAGGCAGCCCCCUCGGCAGAUGUCGAGCCCGACCCCCCGGGCCAUCUCAACUUCCAGGACGAGGACUUGCUGGACAGCCAAACCCCUGCGCACUUUCUUUUUGAGUUCGACUUCCCUGGACAAGCCCCCGAGCAGCAGCCCCAGCAUCCGGAUGACCAGCACCACCCCCACCCCCACCCCCACCAGCACCACCAACACCAACACCACCCACACCAACACCAAUAUCCCCAGCAUCACCCCCCUGGCCACCACCCGCACCACCAAUCCGCCUCUCAGGGCGAUGACAACGCCACGCAGUCCUCCAUGCUCCAUGGGGGGGGCUUUGACCCGGAGCGCGAUCUCGACGACUUCGACCGCGAGUCGAUGGAGCUUUCGCCACGGCACCGUAUGUGA